AAUAACAGCGCAUUGAUUUCCCCCACAACAAUAAGAGGCAGACGAGUGAAACAAUUAAAAACCGACGCAGAAAGUCACAUAAACGUCAGUAAAUUUCGUUUUUUGAAGAAACACCAUAGCCGGUCAUGCUGUCGGAUACAGACUAUUCUGGGAAUCCCUCUGGUGCUCGGCGAGCUAAGAAGAAGAGCUCCGGGGAGUCCUCGGGGGACAGCCAGACCCUGCGCUCCUCUGGAAGACACACCAACGUCCGGGUGAAGCGCACCAACAACCCUCCACCUGGACAGAGCAAAAGAAAAGCCACAGACACAGAGGAGGAAGACGACCAGUCCGAGAAGAAGUACAGAAAGUGUGAGAAGGCUGGAUGCUCUGCCACAUACCCAGUUUGCUUUGCAAGUGCAUCUGAAAGGUGUGCUAAAAAUGGAUACACCUCUCGCUGGUAUCAUCUGUCAUGUGGCGAGCAUUUUUGCAACGAAUGUUUUGAUCACUACUACAGAAGUCACAAAGACGGCUAUGAGACCUUUGCUUCAUGGAAGAAAGUGUGGACUAGUAAUGGGAAAAGCGAGCCAAGUCUUAAAGCUUUCAUGGCAGAUCAGCAGCUUCCAUUCUGGGUUCAAUGUACUAAACCAGACUGUAGGAAGUGGCGUCAGCUGACCAAGGAGAUCCAACUCACUGCUUCCCUAGCAGCGACAUACCGCUGUGGAAUGAAGUUCAACAACAUCAAGAGUGAGGGUCCAGACCAGUGCUCCCAACCAGAGGACUUGAGAGUGGCCGAGGUGACUGACAGCUGGUGGCAUUCCAUGUUGAUUUUGCCGCCGUUGUUCAAAGACAGUCCAGCCAGCCCUUUCCUCGCUGCCUACUACCCUGACUGUGUGGGGAUGAGUCCGUCAGGCUCUCCCAGCAACAUGUCUCUGACUGAGCUGAGGGCAGAUCACUGCAGAGCCGUGCAGCCACAAAUUCCAGGCCUGUGUCCAUACUUCCAGCCCUUUUACCAGCCCAAUGAGUGUGGCAAGGCUCUGUGCGUGCGGCCGGAUAUGAUGGAGCUGGAUGAGCUUUACGAGUUUCCAGAAUUUUCCCGUGAUCCCACUAUGUAUUUGGCUUUGCGUAACCUUAUACUCGCCUCCUGGCACAAGGAUUGCAAGGAGGUGCUGACUUCCCAGAAAUGUGCUCUGCACAUUAUUGUCCGGGGGUUGGUGCGUGUGCGCUGCGUGCAGGAAAUGGACCGGGUGCUGCACUUCAUGACCAGGAAGGGCCUCAUCAACACGGGUGUGCUGGCCGUCAAACGGCCUCUGCUCCCUGAAAGAUACUGCUCUAGGAAUGUCAUCGUCAUCGGUGCCGGGGCUUCAGGGUUGGCUGCUGCACGGCAGCUGCAAAACUUUGGCACUCAGGUGAUGGUGCUUGAGGCUAGGGAGAGAUUAGGAGGUCGUGUGUGGGACGACGCAUGUCUGGGAGUCACUGUAGGGCGAGGAGCUCAAAUUGUCAAUGGCUGCGUAAACAACCCCAUCGCCCUGAUGUGUGAACAGAUGGGCAUCAAGAUGCACAAGCUGGGAGAGCGGUGUGACCUCUUUCAAGAGGGGGGCCAGGUUACUGACCCCGCCAUCGACAAGCGCAUGGACUUCCACUUCAACGCCAUCCUGGACGUGGUGUCAGAAUGGAGGAAGGACAAGUCGCAGAACCAGGACACACCGCUGAGAGAAAAAGUCCAGGAGGUGAAGAAGAACUUUCUUCAGGAGUCUGGAAUCCAGUUCAGUGAGUUGGAGGAGAAAGUGCUUCAGUUUCAUCUCAGCAACCUGGAGUAUGCCUGUGGAAGCACGUUAGACCAGGUGUCGGCAAGAUCCUGGGACCACAAUGAGUUUUUUGCCCAGUUCUCAGGAGACCACACUUUACUCACCAAGGGCUACUCUGUGUUACUCCUCAAACUGGGCGAGGGCCUCGACAUCCGCACAAAAUGCCCGGUUCAGGCCAUUGAUUACUCAGGUGAUGUUGUCAAAGUUACCUCCUCCAAUGGGUCCCAGUGGACAGCACAGAAGGUUCUUGUUACAGUCCCAUUGACUUUACUCCAGAAGAACUGUAUUCAGUUCAACCCUCCGCUUCCUGAAAGGAAACUGAAAGCAAUCCACAGUCUGGGAGCUGGCAUCAUAGAGAAGAUUGCCCUUCAGUUCCCGUACAGAUUCUGGGACAGCAAAAUCCAAGGGGCAGAUUACUUUGGUCACAUCCCGCCAAGUCCUGACAAGAGAGGCAUGUUCAGUGUCUUCUAUGAUAUGGAGCCACAGGGGAAGCAGGCUGUCCUCAUGUCUGUGAUCACUGGCGAUGCUGUCCCUGCUGUCCGGGACAUGGAGGACAAGGAGGUGGUGGAUGAGUGCAUGAAGGUCCUGCGUGAACUUUUUAAAGAACAGGAGGUCCCGGAGCCGCUGAGUUUUUUUGUCACACAUUGGAGCAAAGACAUGUGGUCCCAGAUGUCCUACAGCUUCGUGAAGACGGGGGGAAGCGGAGAGGCCUAUGACAUCCUCGCUGAAGACGUGCAGGGAAAAGUGUUCUUUGCUGGCGAGGCCACCAACAGACAUUUCCCUCAAACUGUGACAGGAGCCUACCUGAGCGGGGUCAGAGAGGCCAGCAAGAUGGCUGCUAUAUAAACUCUCAUAUCCAGAGCACUCAAAAACACCAGCAUGGACACACGGGUUGCAGGGAGCGACAGGCCGUUAAACAACUCUUGACUGCAUUACCUGAAUUGCUCCACUUGAAGUGAUAUUUCGCUGUACUGUGAUGUGUCUGAUCAGCAAGAUGCCGUUAGUCACUUUCCAAUAGCGGGGUCUAGUAGCGCUCUACUUUUUAACACAAAAGAAGUUUAAGUGCUUUUUAUUUAUAUCAACAAUGUAGCUGGCAAAUCAUUUGUUGGCGACAAGAUGCAAAAAAAAAAAAUCAAUAGCAAGGCUUGAAUAAUGGAUAAUCCCUGUGCAGCUCUGCCUGGGUCUGCUGUGCUGAAAAGUAGGAUGAUGUUAUCUUAGUGGUGUAUGUAGCACUUCUGUGAUAAAAUGGUCAGAACAUAUUCAGAGAGAUUUGGGUGCAUGAAACAUUGGUAACCUCUCAGUCAUCUAAUCAUGAAUUCAACUGAAUUAGAUUUAUUCUCCAAGGAUCGAGUUUGAAGACAUUACAUUGCAGUGAUAUCUCAAAAUAUUGCCUUUGAGAGGUAUCUACCAGUGUUUCAUACAGCUGGAAUGAAUUUGCAUCGUGAUUUCUAUGUUGGUACAAACGGUUAAGAGAAAUGGAUGAAAUGUUAGAUAUAUAGUAGUAAUUCUUUGAUAGCACUUUUGAUUUAAAACUAAUUUGAUUUAAAAACAAUAAGAAAAGGAAUGAAUAGUUCACAUGUAUGGCAGGUUGAAUUCUUUGUAGGACUGAAUAUAAAAGAAGAUGUCCCCUCACUGUCUCAGGGAUCAAGACAGCAACAGCAAGCAGAAAAAUGAUGGAGGAAAGUGAUUGAACUGAAGAUGGUUGGUGGAAAAAAAAAAGGAGGAAAAGACUCUCCAUCGUUUUGUUGUAUUCGUUCCUGAACAAUUGUGUUCCUGAGGUCUGGGAUUGGAAAACAGCACAACAAUGUCCUCAUCUGAUUAAUGUUAAUUAAUGAAGCUUUAUAUGUAGGUCCUCAUAUCACUGUUUGGAUCAGUAUAUGAUCAUGUCCUGUUUGUCUUCAUCUUUACAGUGCUUGAAUAUUUAUCUUGUAUGUGUGUAAUAAACUGAGCUAUCAACUGCCA